UGUGCGGGUGUACCAUGGUUAAAUUUAACAAUAGUAAUGUUUAACCAUGAUUACUGAUACUCCAGUAGUACUGCCACUCUACUAUAUAAGUACCCCUAAGAGCUGGGGCCUGAGUAGCAAUUAAAGAAUCCGGGGAUCUUUUCUCUCUCAGUUUGCCAGCUUGACAGACAUUCAUUCUACAGACGACCACAGAUCGAAUUUUGUCACUGCUUUGUUACCUUUAUAUCAGGCUGCCAUGUGUCCACCAGCAACUUCCCCAUCCCAUGAAAUUAGUACUUUUUGUUCUGGUGAGGAGAUAAUUAUGUCUAUGGAGAAAAUGGAGAGCGGCAUUCCACCUCCAUGCAAUGUUAUUUCUGAUGUAAAUCCUUUUGAACACAUGCCUGAAAAUUUACCUGAUGGAAUUUGGUUUUACAUUAUGUCUAAGGUUGAAAAGGAUGCAAGUUUUGGAUACUGGAGACCAAAAGGGGAGGCUUGUCAAAUUUUUUCCAAUUCUUCAAUUACUGGUUGGAGAAAUACUCUUGACUUCUUUGAAGGUCAAGCUCCUCACGGGCAUAAAACUAAUUGGGUUAUGCAAAAGUACUGGAUUACUUGGAAUAUCUUACCUAAAGAUAACAAUGAAAAGGAAAGCUUGCUUUGCAAUAUCUUUGUUGUUGAUGAACAAAAGUCUAACCAUGGAAUGCCUCAGAAGAUUGCUAGAGCUGAUAUGGCUAGUCAAUCAACACAAUCAGUUAUUCAAAGGUCUGAAAACUACACAGGACAAAGUUCUACUAGUAAGCCUCAGACAAGCGAGGAUAACGAGAUUGGAAACAGAGUAAGUGCUCCUACUAAUCUUGUGGACAUUGUACCACCAGCUGACAGUGAUUAUCUUUCUGGAGGUGACUUCUUAGAACUGCUGGAUCUUCAGAUUCCACCAUCACCUUCUUCUAGUUCGGAUUCAAGUUGUGUGACUAUGUCAUCAGAGGAAUGUUUCGAUGCCCUAGAUUUGUUGGCAGACAUAGAGUCGGAGAAGGAGAAACCCUUUGACUUGGUGCAAAACAAUGCUGGUUGCAAGUUAAGCGUUUUUGUUUCUUCCAAACCAACUGAGAUGGUUAUGCAUCCAGCAUUGACAGGAACUUGCAAGUCACAAAGCAAAGAAUUAGAAGGUUCAGCAAAAAUCCCAGAUGAGAAGGUUUUGAAGAAUCCAAUCAAAAAUCAGAAGCCUGAUUUGAAGAUUGAAGGUACAUCAUCAACUUGUGGAAAUCGACUCGAGUCACAAGGUGGCAACAAAACAGAAGAAGAAGAAGAAGAAGACAAGAAAGAAGCUCAUGGGAGAAGGAAAAAGCUUCGGAAGAAGUAUCUCUGCUUCAUGCCAUUUUAAGGAUUAUAGUUUGACUCUAUUGUUUGUAUAAUAGAAUGUCUGUUCUCGCAAUAUAUAAAUAUAUAUUAAUAGAAUUAUUGUCUUUUGGCAAUUGGAAAUAGGAUAGUGUUGUUUGUGAAGUAGUUGGUUCAAAGGUCAUUUUCACACUUAAAUGAAGACAGAUUGUGGGAUUGUGAUUAGUUAAAUGAGUGUAUUUAGAUACAUAGUAAUAAGAUAGAGAGGUGAAAUAUAUUCGUAGAAAAGAAGGGUGGAGAGAUCAAACGUUGUAAUAAGGUAUUUGCCCAGUUAAUUCGGAAGGACCCCUUUGAUAGAAGGAAGACAAAUCAGCUUCUGUACUACUACUAAUGAUAUCUACACUCACAAAGUACCCAAAUCUUUUAAAAAAUAGUAUUAUUGUAAAUA